GCCAGAGUCAUAUAACAUGGCCUGCGUCGCUUGCGUCCCCACCAUCAAACAUGACACGCACCAACGCGCUCCGCAGCGACUUUAUCUGGGGCUUUGCGACGGCCGCCGCGCAGAUCGAGGGCGGCGGCGCCGAGCAGGAGGCCGCCAGCGGCCGCGGCCCGUCGAUCUGGGACUACUUCUGCGACCAGCCCGGCAAGAUUGCGGACGGCGCCAAGGUCACGGACACGUGCGACUUCUACACGCGCUGGAAGGAGGAUCUUGCCAUGAUGAAGAGCCUCGGGGCGAACUCGUACCGCUUCUCCAUUUCGUGGCCGCGCGUCAUCCCGCUCGGCGGCAAAGACGACCCCGUGAACAAGCAGGGGCUCCAGUUCUACUCGGACGUGAUUGACGAGUGCCUGCGCCUCGGCAUGACGCCGUUUGUCACUCUCUACCACUGGGACCUCCCGCUCGAGCUGUACAAGCGCUACGGGGGCUGGCUGGACAAGGAGCGCGUGACGGCCGACUUUGUGCGCUACGCCCGACUCUGCUUCGAGACGUACGGCGACCGCGUCCAGAACUGGAUCACGCUCAACGAGCCAUGGGUUGUGGCUGCGCUCGGCCACGCCGCCGGCGCCUUCGCUCCGUGCGUCCCCCGCGUCCGCGCUAACCCCAGCGGCCACGUAUCCAACACUGAGCCAUGGAUUGUCGGGCACAGCCUUUUGAUUGCGCACGCACACGCCGUGCACGCCUACCGCACCGAGUUCGCGCAUCAGCGCGGCACGAUCGGCAUCACGCUCAACGGGGACUGGGCGGAGCCGUACGACGCCUCGCCCGACAACGUCAAGGCCGCGCAGGACAAGAUGGACGCUGCGGUCGGCUGGUUCGCCGACCCCGUCUACCUCGGCCACUACCCCGCGAGUCUGAAGGCCAUGCUCCGCGACCGGCUGCCGGACUUUACGCCCGCGGAGAUCGCGCUCGUGCACGGCUCGUCCGACUUCUACGGCUGCAACUUCUACACGACCAACAUGGUCAAAGCGGGCGCGGACGACGAGACGAACGGCAACGCGCACCUGCUCUUCGAGGGGCCCGACGGCGUGCCCCUCGCCCCAGAGAGCGACCUCGGCUGGCUCCGCGAUGUGCCCUGGGGAUUCCGCAAACACCUCAACUACUUGUACAAGCGCUACGGCAAACCCAUCUACAUCACCGAGAACGGGUACGCCGUAAAGGGCGAGUCGGAGAUGAGCGCCGCGGACGCCGUGCGCGACGCGGACCGUGUCCACUACUUCGAGGGAUACCUCGGCGCGGUGCGCGACGCCGUCGCCGACGGCGUUGACGUCCGCUCGUACUUUGCGUGGUCGUGCUACGACAACUUUGAGUGGGCGAGCGGGCUCGGCCCGCGCUUCGGGUGUGUCCGCGUCGACUACGACACCAAGAAGCGCACCGUCAAGGACUCGGCGCGCUUCAUCGGCCAGUGGUUCGAGGAGAACAUUACGGCGUAGGCGUGAGGCGUGAGCAGACAAGGGCUAAAGGUCAAGGCUAAGCAAAGGGUUUCAGUAGGUUGUCAUAUGCAUGUGUAGGGCUGGA